AUGGCAGGCGUGGACAUAGAACCAGCCGCUGUCUUCCUGACUCUGGCAGGAGGGGUGGUGAUCAAAUACAUAUUGUCAGCGAUCGUGGGUUCAAGGAGGAGAGAAUAUGAGUUGGUGGGGGAGGUGGCAAGUUUAACAUGCUACCCGAUCAAGUCCUGCAGAGGUUUCACAGUGGAGAGCGGAUACUGUACAAAUCUAGGUCUUCAGGUUGCAGGCAGUGUUAUAGACAGACACUGGGUGGUGACUGACGCCAGCUACAACAUGCUGUCCUCCAGCCAGAUGCCCACUCUGGCCGUGGUCAGCACCGCGUUUAGGGAUGGACAGCUGAUCGUCGACGCUCCGGACAUGCCGACUCUCACGUUGUCCACGUCGCCAGUCGUCGAUAGCAGCAAAGUUGUCAAUGUUGUCAGCAGCAGCGGCAAGGCCACGCUCGAGGGUCUGGACUGUGGGGACCAGGCAGCCAGCUGGUUCAGCAAGUACCUGGCCAGGGAAGGGGUCAGGCUGCUCCACUCAGCCCCCGGGCUUCAGAAGAGGGACAUCACACAGGAGAAGAAACCCUGGGGUAGUCCGGCUAUAGCUGGCGACCAGGCCGCGUACAGCGACUUCUGCGCCUACCUGCUGAUGUCGGAGACGUCCCAGGACGCUGUGAACCAGCAGCUGCAGCAGCCCAUCUCCCUCGACCACUUCAGACCAACCAUUGUAGUGAAGGGAAGCAGACCAUACGACGAAGACGAGUGGCAGUCGGUAAAGAUCGGCAACGAGGCCAUUCUACGAACCCUGUACUGUACUCCGAGAUGCAUAAAAGUAAACAUUGAUUUCAAAACCGGCAAACGGAUAAAGGAAAAGAAGCCCCUGGACCUCCUACAGACGUGA